AUUUUCAGCGUUUUAACCAAGGGGAUGGUUAUCAUUUUUAACCAAUCAUGCUGGGACAGAAGAGAAUUUACUACCUGUAAAACAGGGGUUUCCAUCUGCUACUCCUAGUUGGCUGAUUCCAGACUCUCAGGACAAAGCUGAGUCAGAAUCCUCAAACGGUAAUUGGAUAAAUAUGGGGGCAAUUAGCGGUAUCUGUCUGUGGAUUUGCCCCAGAAAUAUUUAUGCCAAGUAUCUCGUUUGUUAUGAAAGAUCCAAGAGAAAAUAUAAGGGAAUUGCAUAAGGGCAUGUAAAGAUAUGAAAAAGUAAGCAGUUCCCACACCAGAAAAAUGCAGACAAAGUCACUCACUCAACCACUUUUCUUCCCUUCGAUUCAAAUUAAAAAACAGUUAUCCCGUUCCCCCCCCACCUCUCCUCCUCCAUAAACAAAUGCUAAAAACACCCAUCUAAAAUUCCAUUUCUCUCUGCAGAAAACAUCAUGGCCUAGCUGUUUCUUGGAUCCGGAGAUUCUGGGUCUUGCAAAUUAGUUUAUACAAUGCAUUUCAAAAACACAUAGCCCACAAGACAUGAUUUGGUUUCUCCCAUUGUCCCUCCCUAGGCUCAAACCCUCCUUUCUGCUCCUCUCCUUGGAGUUUGUAGCAUAGCUGUAAUGCCUGUAAAUCCAUGGACCCUUUUCCCCUCCCUAUUCCUCUCUUUUUCAUUUCUAAUUCCCUUCCUUUGCACAGCUUUCGCGGUUAACCAACAAGGUGAAUCUCUUCUUUCUUGGAAGAGAAGCUCCAAUGGAUCCCCGGAGGCCUUGAGCAAUUGGGAUGCCAAGGAUGAAACUCCAUGCAAGUGGUUUGGUAUCGUCUGCAACUUUAACAAUGAAGUUGUGGAACUGGAAUUGAGAUAUGUUGAUUUAUUUGGAGAAGUCCCUUCUAAUUUCACCUCUUUGUCAACUUUGAACAAGCUGGUCCUGUCUGGAACAAACCUCACUGGUUCAAUCCCAAAAGAGAUAAGCACUCUCACCCAAUUGAGCCACUUAGAUUUGAGUGAAAAUGUCUUGACUGGUGAAAUCCCCAGUGAGCUCUGCAGCUUGCUUAGGCUUGAACAACUCUAUCUCAACUCAAACCAGCUCAAGGGCUCGAUACCAAUCCAAAUUGGGAACCUCACAAGUUUGAAAUGGCUAAUCCUAUACGACAAUCAACUCAGCGGUGAAAUUCCCAGUACCAUAGGCAACUUGAAGAAUCUUGAAGUGAUUCGAGCUGGUGGCAACAAGAACCUGGAAGGCCCUCUCCCGCAAGCAAUAGGCAACUGCACCAAUUUGGUCAUGUUGGGCCUAGCUGAAACAAGCAUCUCGGGUUUCCUCCCUCCAACUCUAGGCCUGCUCAAGAAGCUUCAAACGGUCGCAAUCUACACAGCUUAUCUCUCCGGCCAAAUCCCCCCCGAACUCGGGGACUGCACCGAGCUACAAAACAUCUACUUAUACGAAAACUCCCUGGCUGGAUCAAUACCAAGAAGCCUUGGCAAUUUGAGAAAUCUUCAGAGCUUGCUGCUUUGGCAAAACAACUUGGUAGGAAUCAUUCCUCCGGAGCUUGGAAACUGCAACAAACUGUUAGUCAUUGAUGCCUCGAUGACUUCAUUAACCGGAAGCAUUCCUCAAUCAUUCGGAAACCUGAAAUCGCUUCAGGAACUUCAGCUGAGCGUCAACCAAAUCUCGGGCGAUCCUUCCACCCUCAGGAACUGUCGCCAGAUGACUCACAUCGAACUCGACAACAAUCAGAUCACUGGAACAAUACCUUCGGAAUUGGGGAACUUGACGAACUUAACGCUCCUGUUUCUCUGGCAGAAUAAGCUGCAAGGCAACAUCCCGGUCUCCAUUUCCAACUGCCAGAACCUGGAAGCCGUUGAUUUAUCUCAAAACAGCCUGACAGGUCCCAUCCCAAAUGGAAUCUUCCAGCUCAAGAAACUCAACAAACUGUUGCUUCUCUCUAACAACCUGUCGGGAGAUAUCCCGCCGGAGAUUGGCAACUGCUCCUCUUUGAUUCGGUUUCGAGCCAACGAUAACAAGAUCACCGGAUCAAUUCCUAUCCAGAUUGGGAACUUACAGAACUUGAAUUUCUUGGAUCUCGGGUCGAAUCGAUUGAGGUUUAUACCGGAAGAAAUAUCCGGUUGUCAGAAUUUGACUUUUCUUGAUCUGCAUUCCAAUUCUGUUGGCGGAAACUUGCCGGUUAGCUUGAGCAAGCUUGUUUCACUUCAGUUCGUGGAUUUCUCUCAUAACUUAAUCGAAGGGACGCUGAGUCCGAGUCUCGGUUCAUUGAGUUCGCUUACAAAACUCGUUCUUGGAAAUAACCGAUUCUCUGGUUCGAUCGCCAGUCAACUGGGGUCCUGUUCGAAGCUUCAGUUACUAGACUUAAGUUCAAAUCAGUUCAUGGGGAACAUUCCGGCAAGUUUGGGGAAGAUUCCUGCGCUUGAAAUCGCUCUCAAUCUGAGCUGGAACCAGCUAAGCGGCAAGAUUCCGGAGGAGUUCACGGCAUUGGACAAGCUCGGGAUUCUGGAUAUAUCUCACAAUCAACGCGGAGAUCUUCAAAAUCUCGCCGGGUUGCAAAAUCUCGUGGUUCUUAACGUGUCGCAUAAUAACUUCACAGGGCGAGUGCCGGACACUCCCUUCUUCUCGAAGCUACCACUCAGCGUCCUUUCGGGAAAUCCUUCGCUCUGCGUCUCCGGAAAUCAGUGUUCCGCCGCCGAAUACGGAGGCUCCCCGUCUAAGCGCACGGCGGCACGCGUGGCGAUGGUGGUGUUGCUCUGCACCGCUUGCGCUCUCCUUCUGGCGGCACUCUACAUCAUCAUCAGCUCCAAAAAGCGAAGCGCGAGUCCUCAUCAUGAUUGCGACAUUGACGGCGACGCUGUCCUAGAAAUGGGCCCACCAUGGGAGCUGACUUUGUUCCAGAAACUCGACUUGUCAAUCGCUGACGUGGCAAGAUCCCUGACGGCUGGCAACAUCAUCGGCCGUGGUCGAACCGGCGUCGUUUACAAAGUCACCAUCCCGUCCGGAUUAACCAUCGCCGUCAAAAGAUUCCGUUCCUCAGACAAAACAUCAGCCGGCUCAUUUUCCUCCGAAAUUGCCACGUUGGCAAGAAUCCGACACCGCAACAUUGUACGAUUACUGGGUUGGGGUGCCAACCGAAAGACUAAACUGUUAUUUUACGAUUACAUGGCAAAUGGUACUCUGGGUGCGUUAUUACACGAAGGUUGCGGAAGAGAACUGUUAGAUUGGGACAUCAGAUUCAAGAUUGCGUUAGGCUUGGCAGAAGGGUUAGCUUAUUUGCACCACGACUGCGUGCCGGCAAUCUUACACCGGGACGUGAAGGCUCAUAAUAUCCUGUUAGGGGACCGGUACGAGCCCUGCCUGGCGGAUUUCGGGCUUGCCAGAUUGGUCGAGGAUGAACAUGGUAGCUCGUUUUCGGCCAACCCAGAGUUUGCUGGGUCCUAUGGUUACAUGGCACCAGAAUAUGCUUGCAUGUUAAAGAUCACAGAAAAGAGCGAUGUUUAUAGCUAUGGAGUAGUCUUGCUGGAGAUCAUAACGGGAAAAAAACCCGUAGACCCAUCAUUCCCUGACGGCCAACAUGUAAUCCAAUGGGUCCGAGAUCACCUGAAGAACAAGAAGGACCCAGUAGAAAUCCUUGACCCUAAACUCCAAGGUCAUCCAGACACUCAGAUACAGGAGAUGCUCCAAGCGCUAGGAAUCUCAUUGCUUUGCACAAGCAAUCGGGCGGACGAUCGGCCGAUAAUGAAAGAUGUCGCGGCAUUAUUAAAGGAAAUUCUGCAGGAACCCAUGGUAGGCACCGAGGCCCACAAGCCGACUAGCAACUCCUCAAAGAAGACAGAAACGACUCCUUCGUACUCGUCAUCAUCAGUGACCCCAGCUCAAUUGCUGCUCCAGGGGUCCUCUCAAAGCUCACUUGCUUACUCUUCUUCCUCAGCAAAUUACAUCCCAAGAAGCCAAUAACAAAAGCCUGUCUUCUUCCAUCAAAAUUAUUCAUUGUAUAAAGGUAGCAAGGAGCAGUUAAGUGGUGUUUUUCCCGAUUAGAUUUUGAUAAGAUCAAGAUGGAACCUGAUCAUGAGUGUAUAGCUAGCAACUUGAUGACUUAAUCCCCUUAGAGCAAUGAAAGCAUUUCCCGCAUUUGGGUUUCUCUUUUUA